UGCCAGACAGCGAGAGGUAUUCUGGGCAGCAGAGGCCGCUAGGUUUGGGAUGAAAGAAGCAGGGCAGAUGCAAAAUCUGGAGAGCGCGGGGGCCGGGCGGUCAGUCAGCACCCAGACUGGCAGCAUGACCGGUCAAAUACCAAGGCUUUCUAAAGUCAACCUUUUCACCCUGCUCAGUCUCUGGAUGGAGCUCUUCCCAGCAGUAAAAGCCCAAAGACAAAAAUCUCAGGAAAAGGAAGAGGGAAAGCAUGGACCCUUAGAAGAUAAUGAAGAGAUGGCCAGGAUAUCUACUGACAAAAAACAGGUGAAGAGAACUGGUCUUGUGGUGGUGAAAAACACGAAAAUUGUUGGUCUCCACUGUUCUAGUGAAGAUUUACAUGCUGGGAAAAUCGCUCUUAUAAAACAUGGGUCAAGGCUGAAAAACUGUGAUCUUUAUUUUUCCAGAAAACCCUGUUCUGCUUGUUUGAAAAUGAUUGUAAAUGCUGGAGUUAACCGAAUUUCGUACUGGCCUGCUGAUCCAGAAAUAAGUUUGCUUACUGAGGCUUCUAGUUCUGAAGAUGCCAAGUUAGAUGCCAAAGCGGUGGAAAGAUUGAAGUCAAACAGUCGGGCCCAUGUGUGUGUCUUACUUCAGCCUUUGGUGUGUUAUAUGGUGCAGUUUGUAGAGGAGACUUCUUACAAAUGUGACUUUAUUCAAAAAAUUGCAAAAACAUUGCCGGAUGCUAACGUUGACUUUUAUUCUGAAUGUAAACAAGAAAGAAUAAAAGAAUAUGAAAUGUUAUUUUUGGUUUCAAAUGAAGAAAUGCAUAAGCAAAUACUGAUGACUAUAGGCUUGGAGAACCUAUGUGAAAAUCCAUACUUUAGCAAUCUAAGGCAAAACAUGAAAGACCUUAUCCUUCUCUUGGCCACAGUAGCUUCCAGUGUGCCCAACUUUAAGCACUACGGAUUUUAUUGUGGUAAUACCGAACAGAUUAAUGAAAUUCACAAUCAAAGUUUGCCACAAGAAAUUGCAAGGCACUGCAUGGUUCAGGCCAGGUUAUUGGCAUAUCGAACUGAGGAUCAUAAAACUGGAGUUGGAGCAGUCAUUUGGGCAGAAGGAAAAUCUAGAAGUUGUGAUGGAACAGGCGCAAUGUACUUCAUAGGAUGUGGUUACAAUGCUUUUCCUGUUGGAUCCGAGUAUGCUGACUUCCCACACAUGGAUGACAAACAGAAAGACAGAGAAAUAAGGAAAUUCAGAUACAUUGUACAUGCGGAGCAGAAUGCCUUGACAUUUAGGUGUCAAGAAAUAAAACCAGAAGAAAGAAGUAUGAUUUUUGUCACAAAGUGCCCAUGUGAUGAGUGUGUACCUUUAAUUAAAGGUGCAGGCAUAAAACAGAUCUAUGCCGGGGAUGUAGAUGUUGGAAAAAAGAAGGCAGACAUCUCUUACAUGAGAUUUGGGGAACUUGAGGGUGUUAGCAAAUUUACAUGGCAGCUGAAUCCAUCAGGAGCUUGUGUUGGUGAACAAAAUGAGCCUGAAAGCAAAGAGAAUGGUGUGUUGAGACCCUUACCUCCGGGUGAAGAACACCAAAACAAGAAGCUGUGUCUUGGAAACCACUAAGAAGUCCUGUCUGAACUGGAGCGACGCCUUGAGAAUUUGUAUCGCACUUUUAAAAUUCAGCCUUGUUAACUCAGAAAAUAAGGGUGGAUUUUGUGAAUAACUGAGGCAAAUUUUAAGGACGCUAAUUUAUUAUUGCCAUAUGGAUGAUGUUAAUGAGAAUAUUUUUAUUUUAGAUUUGUGUGUUUUCCAGAAUAUGGUGGUAUGUUCUUUUAUUACAUUAAAUGAGGUAGCAAUGAUUUAAUGAGACAAAUUUAAUCACCUGUAGAGGUUAAUUUCUUUUUGUCUUAGCUUUAUAUUAGCCAGUUUUUUGUUUUUUGGGCUUUUUUUGUAAGGGACUGGUUCACUAAAGGUCACAUCUCUGUAGAGAAUUAUACACCUUUUAAGAUAUAUGAAUUCUGGGGCGCCUGGGUGGCUCAGUCGUUAAGCGUCUCCCUUCGGCUCAGGGCGUGAUCCCAGGUUCCUGGGAUCGAGCCCCAUGUCAGGCUCCUCCGCUGGGAGCCUGCUUCUUCCUCUCCCACUCCCCUUGCUUGUGUUCCCUCUCUCACUGGCUGUCUCUUUCUGUCAAAUAAAUAAAAUCUUAAAAAAAAAUAAAUAAAUAAAUAUGAAUUCCUUCAGAUUGUGAAGGUGAUAAUUGGUAAACUGCUCCAGGGAAAUAAAUGAUGACCUGGCCAUUUUUCAGUCAGUGGAUGCCUCACCAAAAGUUCACAUUUAUACCUAAAGCUUUUUAAUAAUCAGAAGUUAAUUAGGAUAGAAUCAUAAAAAAUGAAGGUGGUAUACCUGAUCCCCAUUAUAAAAGUAUAUUCCUAACAACAUUAUUAAUUUUUUUAAAAAUCUUUCACUACAUAGAAAUAUCAGUGAUUUGUUGGACUAGGGUGUUAAAUCACUGAUUUGGGGUAGCAGUGGAGAGGGAAUAUUGUUCUGAGGCCGUAUUGCUAUUUGAUAUCACUGACCCUUGAAAUCACUAGCAACACCAAAUUUGCUUAUGAUGUUAACGGUGAAGAAAUAUUUUAGUCUGGAAUAUUGAAACUACCCUUUGUCAAAUUCUAUUCAUAAAUGCUGCCCAUUUUUCCCUUUAUACAGUUAACAGAGUGUCUCAUGGCUUUCAAUAGAAGAUCUUUUAAAAAUAUUCUUAAACCUUAAGAAUACUGAAAAUCUCAAGUAAACAUUAUGAUCAGUUCCUUUUCAUUCCAAAUUGCUAUUUGUGAGACUCUCAUUUUUAUUUCCUAAGAAACUUUCAGAAAAUUAGUCCAAAGAUGAAGGAACAUGUUUUGCACUUUCCUAGAGUUAGGGAGGGAAUGCACAGCCCGUGGCCCACACUCCUGGAUGGGACAUCCUGCAGGGCACGUGUCUUGGCUGUGUAGAGAUAAUCAGAUUUGCUUCUGCUAUUGUUCCCAGCCCUUCCACAGCACCACAUGGCCUCACAAGGCCUCCCACCCGUUUCUCAGAAUCGUACACAGGGCAAUCCAAACAUUGGCCGACGUCCCUAUUUGUACAGCAGACUGCUUAGUUCCACUGGGAGUUCAAAGUCCUCAUACCAGGCGGUGGAAAACAGCCAUAAGUAUUGAGAGGGGAGGAAAGAUACCUUAGAGAUAACUAAGGCUAAUUUGAAAACGAGUAGUUAAGGUAUUCUAAAAUAUUUAUCAAUAUGGAAAUCCUGAGAUUUGCUUACAUCCUCCCGGUUGCUUCAAUAUAUAAUUUAUACAAGCUUAAAUUCAUGUUAGAAUCGUUGUUUCUUAGCACUAUGUCAUCCAUAUCAAAUAUUUUAUAAAUCAAUCAGCAAAUAUUUCUUAAGACCCAAAAGCCUGCUAUUAUCAGGUUUAUUUAUGGACGUUGAGGGGGAUAUCAGAAGGGAGAAACAUAAAAUGGAGAAAACUAGGACUAGAAAGUGGGAAAAUUGAUAUUUCCAAGCACUAUGACAAUGUUCAUGGUAAUGCCAUAUUUCCUUCUUUAGAGCUGGUCAGUUUUCAACAUUUAUUGAGAAUUUCCUAUGUAGUACCAGAGGAAGGCUCUAUGAGGGCUUUAUAUAUAUAUAAAUAUAUACACACACAUAUUUAUAUACAUAUAUUUAUAUAUACAUAUACAUAUAAAUUAUAUGUAUAUAAAUUUUAUAUAUAUAAAAAUAUAAAUUUUUUAAGCUGAUGAAUCCAGUGCCUAUGAUGAUAGUGCCUGGCACAUAAUAGGCAUUCAAUAAGUAUUUGUUGAUUGAUUGAGUGACUACUGGACACUGGCUAGACCCUGGAGAUGAGAUGUGUAAGAAAUGCUCCCUCAUCUCAAGAAGCUCACAGUUUGGUGGAAGACAGAAGCAUGUAACCGAGCAAUAGAGACUGAUUCUCAGAGUGGGGUCCCUGGACCAGCAACAUUAGCAUUACCUGGGGACUUGUUAGAGAUGCAAAUUCUUAAGGUCCCCUGAGACCUAUUGAAUCAGAAACUGGCGUGGGAUCCAGCAAUCUGUGUUGUCACAGCUCUCCAGGUGCUUCUGAUGACCUUGGAGGUUGAGAACCACCCUGUGAAUGCAACUAUAGGAAGCUUCUAAUAUAUGUAAUUAAAACUACUAGAAAUAAUAAGAACAACAACUCUGUAUUGCAGGGAAACCAGGAUGUGUUUUUAGCUAAGAAAAGGUAUGAGGUAGGGAGAUGUAUUUUAGUUAAGAGAAAAGAAAGUAAAUUUUGUCCUAAAGUAAAACUGGUUAUUUCAGAAUGACCAUUCAGAAUGGUCAUUACCUAAUGGAAAAAAGAAAAAUAAAGGACAAACUAAGGACAUAGAGGUUUGGGAAAAGAAAGGAAGGAAGGAAGGAAGGAAGGAAGGAAGGAAGGAAGGAAGGAAGGAAAGAAAAUUUUACCUUUUGUAGUCACGUUGUUUAAAAAUCGAAUUGUUAUAACGGUUUUUAAAAAUAAUAAACUUGCUUUUUUGUUUUAUAGCUUGCUAAUGUAAUUUUCCUUCAUUUGCUAAAAGAACAAAGUUUUCUUGGGCUAUUAGUCUGCUCUUGAUAAGAUAUUGUGAAUGGUCUUGUUUACCUUUUCAGUAAUCUCCCUGGGAAGCAAAGAUAUUAUGUUUUAUUAAAGUAAUUUCCUGUGCUUCAUGUUGUCUUUAUCAGAUCUUUGAUGAUUUAACUGAGUCUUAACAUUAAGAGCUGAAUUUUACUUAAAACUAUGUAACCUUUUUUAUUUGCCUUUAAAAUCUUUUGUCACUUGGUUAAAUAGAUAAUUAAAUAUUAUUUCAGAUUAUCUGUGAUCCUGUUUAGUCAAGUGUCCCAAUCUUUUGAUACUUUCGACAUACUUUUCAAAAUCAAUUUCUAAAUAAAGUGUUUUGACCAGGAAAAUAAGUUGGAAUUUUCCAGAGGGUCCCUAGAAUGUCUCAAAAGAUUUAUUUUCUUUCUUUAUAAAAGAGAUGCUAAAUGAAUUGGUUUAUGUGAUACGCUAAAUUACUUGGGAAGGUUGUCAAAUAAGAAAUAUCAAGCUUUCUUUAUGUUGUAUUUGUGUAGGUAUCUAUCUGCUUUAAGUGUUCCAGAAAUUAUAUGAAAUUCCUAGAAAUCAGAUUCCAGGAUAAUGUUCUCACUGUAAUUCUAGUUAUUAUCUUAAAAUGUUGUAUAUCCCAGGUAUAAUCAGAUUUUCUUAUCAAUUGCAUUGUAAUGAACUAUCAGAUCUUUAACUAUAGCCAUUUUUAAGUCUUUUAUUAUUUACAGACAGUUAUUGUUUCACUUGCAUGCUUUUGUAGAAGUUUUCCUGCAAAAGUGCUUCAUCUUCAAGGAAAUUCAUGAAUGGACUCUAGCAAGUAUUGUAGAAUACAGGCUUCUGAUAACUAAGAGAAUCCAACUGAACUGGGUAAGAAUUUCCAGAACUAACAGAAAAACUGGAAUCAAACAGAACAAAUAUUAAUUACGUGGGACUGAAUGAACUGAGGAAGAUGAUCGUAAUUUUUUAUGAUUUUUUUGUUUGGACAUUGCUUUUUUUUUUUUAAUGUUUGGUUUUUCCAGAUGUACAGAAAACUUUUUUCUCUUAAGUUACCUAUGAUUUACAGCAAUUUGUUUAAUUGCUCCUUUAUAAGCAGAAUUGAAACAAUUACUUUUUCUCCCUACUUCAUGCCUCCAAAAUUUAAAAACCGUUAGUGAGUAUUCUUAUUUUUAUGGAAAUACAGUUAUUUGCAUAAGUUCAGUAUGAAUCUGUUCUUAUAAUGAGCAUGAGUGGAAACAUUGGUUACAUUACUGAAGCUUUGACUGGAAUGCCAUAUUUGAGAGAGAUACAUAGACUCAGAUGUGACCAGACAACCUGAAGAAACUAAGGUUGACUUUAUGGAGCCAAUAGACAACAAAGUGCCUUGGAAAAGGAGGUCUGGUACCUUGCUUACAGGGUUCCUAGCAGCCUUACUAGGUGAGUGAGGAAGGUCACUUCCUGGCAGGCUCAGGAACCUCAGGAUAUUUUGGGGACCUUGAGAAGAGAGGAAUUCACCCUGAUUUCUAGGUAUUGCAGGUGAAGUCUGGUGGAAAGUCCUUGCCUAGGCUUCCUACCCUCAAGAGGCUUUUAGGAGUUCCAUCUGAGAUUCCUUAUGAAAAAUUCCGGCAAAGCAGAUUUAGAAAAGCCUAUCUCAUCAAUCGUUAUUCUUGCUACACUUAUGUAAAUGGCCCACAUGUAUUGAAACUAGAUUUAAUUUGCAAACAAAAUAGUCUUACUGUGAUUAUCUUUGAUAGACAGAAAAAUUAUGUUUCAGUAAUACACUGUAUAAAUAUCAGAUUCUAGUGCUGUUAAUUAGUUUUGAGUUUUUGUUUUCCACCUGUAAGAUGGAAAGACCCACUGGAUCCUGAAUUCUAGUUUCCUCUGAUAUUUGGCUAUAGCUGCCCAAACUAACCUUUCCAAUUUUCUCCCACUUUUGACUUGGAAUCAUGAAGAACAAAAACUGCCCUUUUCCCCGAAGCCUGGCAAACUGACUGUGAACAACCUGACAUAAACUUCAGAGAAAUGGCCGCAAUGACUCAUGUUUAGACAGUCUUCAUGCCUGCCGCUGUGUGUGCCACUCAGAAGGUUUACCUGAAUACCUGGGGAUAUUAUCAGAGACAUUCAAACCACAAAAGAUGCUUUGACUCUGACUUCUAGAAAUUUUCUUGACUGGCUGCCCCUGGGCUCAGAAGCUGGUUUAUAAUUUGUUCUAUCAUUAACCUUUGUUUUUCUUUUGUUUCCAUAGAAAUGCCUUAUUAAACACCUAAUUUCUCACACAAUAUAGGCCUAAUGUGGGGAGCUCAGUUACAUCACCACCUCGUAAAACGAGACAUAACUGUUUAACUGAACUGAGCUAUGUUCAAGACUUAGAGAUGAAUUCAAUGAAAUAGUGAAACAAUCUACCAACUCAGCUUCUGGAUUUUGAAGCUUCUCACAGUUUCAAAGGUGGGUCCAUGGAGCGGGGGGGUGGAAUUUGCCACCCCAGAAUAUGCCGCUUUGACAUAUGGAUUAUGUUGAAUUAAAAUUAAGAAAUAGCCAUUACAAGAAGGGCACUCCUUUGUCCCCCCCCCCGAAAGCAGGAAAUAAAUUCCCUGUGUGAAGGGUGCCCUCCCUGCACCUGGAGGGUGAAAGCACCCUCAUCACCCGAGAGAGGGGAUUCAGGACUGAGAAGGCUGUGUAAACCACUUUGUUACUUCCUCAUUAAUUUGCUACCCAAGCCCAAACCCCUUUGUCAAUUCAUCACGAAUCCUUGUUUCUUUGUUUUUUGCAAGGUAUAAAAGCUGCCUGCUUGGUCACUUCUUUGAGUCUCAUAUUUCAUUGCGCUCCUGUUUGUACGGAAUUAAAUUUGUUUUUGUCCUGUUAA